AUGUCUAACAACCAGGACAAAGAAGGAGCCAUCAAGGUCGAUGAUGUUGAAUCUCGCCUAUGGCUUCAGACCAAGACUCAAAGUGGGCAAAACUGGGAUCAAGUCCUCGGUGUGUCUCAAAGAGUGAUCAACAAGAACUUUGAGAGGCUUUUUGAAAUCUACCCCGAGAUGGCAGACAUGUACAACGCCAAUGACGCGGGCAUGAUUGAUGCAAGGCUACUGGCUCCUAAAAUCAUCAUCCCGGGUGGGAAUACAUCGGCCAACAAAUCUCUGGUCUAUUUUCAGCUAAGGUUUGAAAGCGGCUCCAUGAGCAGCUCAAGCGGCAAGACUCUCAUCGAAGACCUCUCCAACUGGGUUAUCACGUGUGAGGUGAAGGUAGACAGCGUGAAAGCGGUCAUUACCUCAGACAUGUCCGACGCAGCCAAGGAAAAAGUCAGAAAGGAAAAUGCCUGGAUCGACAAGUUCGACGUUGCUGGGGACUAUUCUGCUGAGAGAUUGUAUGCGAAGCUAUCAAGCAUCAAUUGGACUCAGCCUCAGUCCGACUACACAAUCUGUGGCCAUGACAAGGAUGGCAAGCCUAUCAGUUACAGAAACUGGCAAGCUGAGGACCCGAAUCGCGCCAUGUACCUCAACUUAUGGCUCAUGGACUGGUCGACAAAGCAAGAUGCAGAAGGAAGGAACAACAUCGGCUUGUCUGUCCAAGUCCCUCCAGUCCGCAACGUUAAAAACCCUACCUAUGAACCUGUUUUCAUGAUGAAUCAGAGCUAUGUCUACAAGAGUGCGAAGCAAGGUGCUAUCAAUGGAGCCACAGGAGAUUCGGGCCCUGCUCUCUGUAAUGCGUACCUCUAUACCGAAAUGGUCAAGAUUCCUGGUUUGUCAGACGAGAGACGUCCCGACGACAACACCCUGGUUUGGUCCGGAAACUUUUGCACCCUGCCAAAGACAGUCGAGGGAAGCGAUGCCAUUGAUGGCACCUUUGUCUUUGGCAGGAAUGUCUUCUUGGAGACAUUUUUACUUCCCGAACUGAGGGCCAUCAACAAGGCGUUCGAUAUUUAUCAUCGGAAGCCGUAUGGAAUACAACAGAGCGACGGACGGAUUUCCUCCUACGAGCCAUACUCUAUUGGGCGCGAUGAUAACCACCCCGAUCUCCACGACAAGGUGUUUGAUUUCCACAACGUCAACGACACAAGUGACCCCGAUAAACUCAACGGCUACUACUACGAGAAAAUCAACCAGCAGCCAUGGACGGUAACUAGAAACACGAGCAACAAUGGCGGAGACCUCAGGGCCUCUAGUUUGGAUAAGAUGAGAAUUGACGUUACCUGGGAUGUUGGAGGCUCUGUCUUCACCGUGAAAGGCACGGCAUCUAGUCACGAGGCCGAUGAGUGGACACACGACGGCCCUGGUCGCAGCUUUAAUGAUGUGUGGUGUCACGCCUACGCCGACUAUGCCAUUUCAUUCCAGUUUCAAAUGGCCUUCACCACGAGGCCCGGACCAAAUGGCAACGGAGUUCUUGAUGUCAACGUCAUCGGCGGCGCUGACAAUGUUAAAGUCACCAUCAAUCCCAGAUUUGACAACAGCCCAGGCGUUCAGGACAAUCAUAGUGGCCCUUUCAAGGCUCAACUUGAUCACAAUCUCGGCCAAGUGAUUCCAACCAUGAUCAACAAUCUGAAACAAAAGCUCUCGGGAAGUGGACAAUUUGUGUUCCCGGGUAACGGUGUCUUCGAUUUUGUAAAUCCGAUGAUGAGCAGAUAUGGCCACCUGCUGGCACAAGUGAAGUACAAACCUUUGACCAAACAACAACUAUUUAUUCCUCGUGAGCCAAAGCCGACCAAACCGGUCAUUGUCGAUCCACCUACCCAAAUCCCAGUCAAGCACAGUAACGAACACAAGUGGCAGCUAGACUGGACUCUCCCUGUGAAUCCAGUGGCCUCAGCAUUAAAAGCCAACAAGGUUGUCCUCAGAGCAGAGAACAAAGAUCCCGAAUUGGCCUCCCAAUUCAAGCAUAUUGUUAUCAACUGGACAAGCACUACCAAAGGAAUGGCACUCUUUGCAGAGGAUACCUGGGCAUUGGCUCCUGUUCCUAUCUCUGAUUCUUCUGACGGUGCUUCUGGUGCCUCUGGUGGUGCUUCUGGUGGUGCUUCUGGUGGUGCUUCUGGUGGUGCUUCUGGUGGUGCUUCUGGUGGUACUAGUACCUCCUCGAAGAGCGGACUAAUUACCCUUCGACAAAGUCCUACAGGGAAAAGCGCUGCAGUUCUCCGGACCCCAUUCCAUAGCGGCAUCAAGUGGACGAUAAAUAUCGACCCCAGCGAUUCAAAAGAGCCUAUCACUCUAAAGCCAGGAGACUGGAUUGAACUUGAGUUUGAAGGUAUUGUAGGCCCAGCAGGUGCCUAUAGCUUUACUAUCCUAGAGAACUGGGCCGAGGAGAACACAUCGUACUACAGAAACACUUUAAGGUCACGACCCUCGACCACCGCCGAUCGCCACAUCAUCCAGAGACCGCAUCUUGUUCCAGGUAGUCGGUCUGGCUUCUCUCCAAGCUUCGAGUACUGUAUUGGGCUUGAUCUCCUAUAUGAGCUAUCAAUGAUGAUUCUCGCCGCACCUAUGGUAUCUGCCCUGGAGCAUGCCAUUUGCGCUCGGCACUAUCACGACAGCAUUUCGACAUCCGAACUCUGCAAAGCUUCUUCAAUGCAGAGGGAUUUGCCCGAGAUCCGAUGCCGGACAGCGUCUUUGAGACAUUGUUUUGUACUUGCCAUCAUUGUUACGCUGCCCAUUGGGUGUGUGUUCAUGGUUGUUGUGACGGGCAUCUUGACGAGCCUGAUUUGGACUCUCAACGUUUUCGCUUAUGCUUUACCGCCCAUUAUGCUGGUGCGGGAUUCUUCUGUCUUCCUCCUUGUGGGAGAAAGGACUCGAGGUCUCUACUACUUCUACUCGUAUUUCAUCUUUAGCGAGUUGACGAAUGCUCUCAUUAGAGAAGCUGCUUUUGUCAACUUGGUCUUAUUCCUUUUCAUUAUGCCUGCUUUGUUGCGCAUUGUUAAAAAAUACCUGAAGCCGACGCCCCAGGUCCUGAAUCUUGGAAUUGUGAGGACUAGCCUGUCACUUCUCUUCCUGGACUCACUAUUGCUUGGCUUUGCCACAAACUCUGCCUUUCUGAUUGCGGCAACGAUGAUCUACGGUCUCGGAUUUGGUGCCCGCUCGACACUGUUGUCACUCGUCACCUCAUGGAUUGACCCUCAACGCGCCGGCACCCUUUUCAGCGCCGUGUUUUACGUGGAGCAGAUUGGUUUGGGCCAUGUUGAGUCCACUUACAAAGCGUCUACUGGUGAAUGGAGUGACCCCAUAUUCACCAGCGAUCCGUACUUACGAGUUCACGGGUUAGCACCCGGACUACAGUAUGGACAACAAUGCUAUGAAGGGCUUAAAGCAUUUCGAACUGCGACUGGCAGGGUCUCCAUCUUCCGCCCUGGUCAACACGCCAAAAGAAUGUCACACUCAACCUCCGUUGUCAGCAUUCCUGAUAUACCCGAGUGUCUUUUCUUAUCGUGUGUUGAACUAGCUGUUACUUCCAACUCUUCGUAUAUCCCUCCAAAUACCUCGAGAGCUAUGCUAUACAUCCGGCCAUUCGCGUUUGGGUCGUCUGAGAUGAUAGGGCUGAUGCCUCCCUCAGAAUUCACAUUCUGCGUCUUCGUCAAGCCUGUAUCGGCAUAUCAUGGCACCAUGGCCCAGGAUGCCUUGGUUCUUCUGAACUUCGACCGAGCCGCGCCACGAGGCCAGGGACACGCAAAGAUCGGUGGCAAUUAUGCUCCCGUUAUUAAAUGGAGCGAGAAGGCAAAGGCACAUGGGUUCGGCAUGACGCUGCAUCUGGAUAGCAAAACCCGAACAGAAAUCGAUGAGUUUUCGACCAGUGGCUUUCUCGGCAUCAAGGUGUCUAACGAUGGGAGCGUAAAGGUCGUGGCACCUGACAGCCCUUGCAUCAUUAGAAGCAUAACCAGCGAUUGCUGUUUGCAACUUGCCAAGUACUACGGUUGGACUAUCGAGAAGAGACCAAUCAAAUACACCGAGCUCUCGGAAUUCUCCGAGGUAAUUGCCGUUGGCACUGCAGCUUCGGUGGUCUCCAUUCGAUCCAUCACCAACGAAGAAACCCAAGAAAGGUUCCGGUACCUAGAUCCAGCCAGCAAUCAGGGGCCCUUUGCUCGGGUGUUGUCGGUCGCCUUGGACGAUAUCAUGCGUUGCAAGGCUGCCGAUCUGUUUGGAUGGUGUCACCAAGUGGGAGAGCCUGCUUUGGAGCAGCCAGUUGAGGUCGAUAUUCACCAUAAAGUGGGGGAUACGAGCAAUUACUUCAGAACUGAUGGGAAAAAGGCCGUUUUCACUGAUAUUUUGAUGCUCUCUGGUCCAGGAUCGGGCGCCAGGCAUGCUUGUCACUAA